AUGGAAGGUUUUAAAAUCCUUGUACCAAUUUCCCUGUUGGUUCUGGCUUUCUCAUUUGCCACUGCCUCUGAUCCUAGCCCUCUUCAGGACUUUUGUGUAGCCCUCAGGGACGCCCAAAAUGUGUUUGUUAAUGGUAAGUUCUGUAAGGAUCCAAAGCUCGUCAAAGCAGAAGACUUCUUCUUUUCAGGACUCAACAUGCCAGGAAACACAUCAAACCAACUAGGAUCAAAAGUCACUCUAGUCAAUGUAGAACAAAUACCAGGACUUAACACUCUUGGUAUAUCUCUGGCUCGAAUUGACUAUGCACCUUAUGGUGGCUUAAACCCUCCUCACACUCACCCUCGGGCUAGCGAGAUCCUAGUAGUCAUGGAAGGCACUCUCUAUGUUGGCUUUGUUACAUCUAAUCCGAACAAUCAUCUCAUCACUAAAGUCCUAUACCCUGGAGACGUUUUCGUUUUCCCAGUUGGUCUAAUUCACUUUCAGUUCAACAUAGGGAAAACUAAUGCAAUUGCCUUUGCUGGUCUUAGCAGCCAGAAUCCUGGAGUAAUUACCAUUGCAAAUGCAGUGUUCGGAUCAAAAUCACGCAUUAAUCCUGAUGUUCUUAGUAAGGCUUUCCAACUGGAUGAAAAUGUGGCUAGGUAUCUUCAGUCACGUUUGUGGUAG